UAACAAACAAACAAACAAGUUGACAACCUGCACUGUACCCGCUCUCAGAAGUAUCAAGAGCGAAGGAACAAGCAAGAACAGACAACAAAAAUAACAAUUAAUAUUAAUAAAAUAAAAUACAACGCACUCCCUCGUCACUCACACACCACAAAGAUUCUUCCUGUUCCCGCUUUCUCUCUCUCUCGAUCUGCUACUGCUACGAUUCAGAACAAUAUGGAUUGCGGUGCCGGCACGUGUUUGUUUCCGUUACAUCGUUGCAAAACGAUUCACCUUGUGAGACACGCUCAAGGGAUCCACAAUGUGGAAGGAGACAAAAACUACAAAGCGUAUUUGAAUCCUGAUUAUUUUGAUGCCCAUCUUACUCCUCUUGGAUGGGAACAGGUUGAUAAUUUGCGUAAACAUGUUCAUUCCUCCGGAUUAAUUAACAAGAUCGAUCUCGUCAUCGCUUCUCCUUUGAUGAGGACCUUGCAAACAGCUGUUGGGGUAUUUGGUGGGGAGGGAUACACUGAUGAUAAAACGGAUGUGCUGCCUCUUAUGGUGGCAAAUGCUGGAAAUAGCUUCCAUGGUGCAAUUUCAAGUCAUAAUUGCCCACCAAUUGUUGCUGGCGAACUUUGCCGUGAACAUUUGGGAGUUCAUCCCUGUGACAAAAGAAGAAGUGUUAGCGAGUACCAGUUCCUUUUUCCUGCUGUUGAUUUUUCACUGAUAGACAGUGAUGAGGAUGUUUGGUGGAAGGAUAAUGUAAGAGAGACAAAGGAGGAACUGGCAGCUAGGGGGGUGGAGUUCUUGAACUGGUUGUGGACACGAAAAGAGAAGGAGAUAGCGAUUGUGACACAUAGUGGAUUCUUGUUUCACACUCUAACUACAUUUGGAAAUGAUUGCCACCCCUUGGUGAAGAAAGAAAUAUCCAAGCACUUUGCCAAUUGUGAGCUUCGCUCCAUGGUCCUUGUGGAUAGAAAUAUGAUAGGAUCAGAAGCAUCAACAACUAACUAUCCGGGCAAGAUACCUUCAGGGCUGGACAAGCCUAGUGAUGCUGUGGAUGAGAAUGUCGAGAAACAGGGGGUUUAGUUUUGCUACAUGCAUGUGUCUAGUGCCAUUUAAACAUUGAACUGCUGAACAUAUAUUCAUUACUAUUUGAAGAUGACUCAUACGAAAUCUAACGUGACUGUUUCAGAUUUUACACA